GCUGCCUCGUAGUCACAUGGAUGUGCCGGCGAAAAAUGGGGAUAUCCGCCACGAGGAAGGGGACAUUGACCAGGCUUGGCCUUUGGUGGAAGAGAACCGUCUGCCUCAGGAAACUGAUAUCAAGGAAACAGCUAUCCUCACAAGCCUCGCUAAUACUGCCUCGGGAGGGGAAGCAACCGUGAUGUUUGAGGAUGACGAGGACAUCCAUCCCGAGAAGAAAGCCAAGGUUGCGAACAAAGCUACGUUUUACGGAGUUGACGACAGGCCACCAUGGUACUUCAGCGCUCUUCUGGGGCUCCAGCAUUACCUGAUCGUCAUUUCGGGAAGUCUAAGCUAUCCAUUUGCACUGUUUCCCGCCCUCUGCAUUCGUGAGGAAGAUCCAGCACGCGGUUACCUUAUUUCUACGAUAUUCUUUAUAUCUGGCUUGGGAACUUUCAUCCAGACAUCACUCGGAAUCAGGUUACCAAUAGUCCAAGGAUGCAGCGUCACAUUCCUGGUCCCCAUUCUAGCAACGAUGUCACUACCGGAGUGGCGAUGUCCAUCGGCUGAAGACCUGGUCGCUGCGAGGAGCCCAACUGUAAACGUCACGGGGCCACCGACAGACGACGAGUGGACCGAAGUGUGGCAGGCACGACUGAGGGAGAUCUCAGGGGCCAUCAUAGUGUCUGCGCUAUUUGAAGUGGUGCUUGGUUUCACGGGUAUUGUGGGCUUCUUCCUCCGCUGGAUGACCCCUCUGGGAAUAACACCUUUCAUUGCAUUGGUUGGGCUGUCACUCUUCGAGGAAGCGGCAAGACUAGGUUCCGGCAACUGGGGAGCAUGUUCCAUGAGUAUCAUUUUGAUGGUAUUGUUCUCACAAUAUUUUACAAACAUCAACGUCCCUGUUCCAUAUUGGGAACGGAAGAAAGGUUUCACAGUGAAGUAUAUCGGAAUCUUCAAAUUAUUUCCGAUCCUGUUAGCCAUCCUGAUAUCCUGGGGUGCCUGUCACCUGAUGACAAGCACAGAGUACCUGCCUUUAGGAGAUCCUGGUAGAACAGACAUACGAGCGAGCAUAAUCGAGAAAAGCCCAUGGAUACGAGUUCCAUAUCCAGGUCAAUUUGGAUUACCAACAGUUUCUGUCGGAAUGGUACUAGGAAUGCUUUCGGCCAUUCUCGCUUCCGUGGUGGAAUCCGUCGGUGACUACUACGCAUGUGCGAGGCUUUCCCAUGUCCCCCCGCCCCCAACGCAUGCCAUCAAUAGGGGUAUCUGGAUGGAAGGCAUCGGUUGCAUCCUUGCUGGUUUCUGGGGUGGAGGCUGUGGUCUAACCUCCUAUUCAACGAAUAUCAGCAUAAUCGCCGUCACGAAAGUCGCAUGUCGCUCAGUGGUGCAAUGGGCAGCGUUGUAUAUGAUCCUUGGAGGAGUGAUCGGCAAAAUAGGGGCCCUGUUCGCUACUAUACCGGACCCCAUAAUUGGAGGUGUCUUCAGCGUCAUGUUCGCCAUGAUUGCGGCUGUUGGACUUUCCAUAGCCCAGAACGUGGAUCUCAACUCGUCAAGGAAUCUCUUCGUGUUAGGAUCGUCCCUCUUUUUCGGAAUGAUGAUUUCAAACUGGACAAGCCAGCACCCAGAAGCGAUUCAGACAGGAAACAAGAUCAUGGACCAGACAAUCGUAAUCUUGUUGAGUACUAGUAUGUUCGUUGGUGGCGUCAUUGGCAUCUUUCUGGAUAACACGAUACCGGGUACCCCAGAGGAGCGUGGUCUUGUUGGCCAUACUCACGGACACGGACAUGGGAGUGAAGAGCCUCAUACCGGAAAGGACUGCUACGACUUGCCGUUCCUACGAGCUCGUGUACAGAAUACAGCCUUCGCAUACUUACCAAUCAGUCCAAGUUUCAGUAAUGCUGUACUGUUGGAAAAAAUUACGCCUAAGUUCGUGCGUUCACUCUCGAGAAAAUCAAAGGAGUCUGUGCCUGCACCGGAUCGGUAACACUCUACCGCGUCCUCGUGCUAUUGUGCGGCGCAACUCACAAGCCAAUAUGCACGGACGGAACCGAAGCACUUAAGAUUUGACCUUCUUGUAUAUUUUUGGAUGUCAUCUGCUGCGACAACACCAUGACAUGCCCCGUGGAUCUCAACAGGUCUUGCGAUACAAUGGUAGCUGCAUUACAAUCAGUCGCCACAAGAUGGAAAAGACCCAUUUUGAGGUGACAAUUUCAGUGCAAUACGUCUCUAUUAAAUCUCCUUGAUGUGAAAAUU